CAACAAGAGGGGAGUAAAAUAUAAGUGCAGGGAACCAAUUUAAACCGAGAGGGCAUCAUUCAUUCAUUCUUUCCAUCAUCGAAACCCAACAGCCCUAGCGCAGGAGUUAUCUGUUAUUGUCGAUUUCUCUCCGGAUUCCUUCUGCCCGUCGACGGGAAAGGAAAUUACAGAUUCCAUCAAUACGAUGCAUCUCCAUGAAAAUCAUCGUGCUCUGUUGAAAGAAAACACAGCUCAUGUCAGAGAACUCUUCGACCGAUUUCUAUUAUCGUUAAAUCAUGAACCAGCUCCGCGGACGAGGGCGACAUCAGGAAUGGAGAAUACAUAUUCCUCUCCAUGCGACGGCCGCACUAUGCAUCUCCAGAAAAACCAUAAUCCGUUGGAAGACACAGUAGUUAAUGUGGAAGACGUCAUGAGCCAAUUUUUAUCAUGGAUGGCCCUGAACACAGGAAAUCCCAGGGGAACAAUGACUGCAUCCAAUUGUGGAUUCAACAAUGGGGCAGAUUUUGAGGAUGAACAUGUCAUAAUCUAUAUCCGUUUGCCUGCCAGAAGGCUAGAUGAGGAAUCCUAUAGAGACGAGUGGUUUUCUAUUUCAACACGGCAUUUGUUGUCCAGUAAAGGCAGUCCCCUCUGCCCGGCCUUUUUGGAUCCAGGCGAUGCCAAUGUUUAUUAUCUUUUUUGUCCUCCACUUUCCAUAGGGUCUCAUAUCUUCACCUUCUGUGAUGCCGAUGAUCAUUCUCCACACUCAGCGUAUGUGUUCUAUUUGGAUACACAAAAUGUCAAGGGAGGAUGGAAGGAAGCUCCUCCCCUGCCUCCAGGAACCUUCAAUUAUUACUUCUUUGAGGCCAAUGACAAGAUUUACGGAUUGGGGAUCUUUAAGGGUCUCUUGUUUGAUUUAUUGUUUCUUGAUUGCCACGAUUUGUCUAAAGGCUGGCAGUCCAUACAUCCCAUUAGUAAUGAACUAUCAAAACAGUAUCUUCAUGAUAUCUUUUAUGCAUUCAAACUCCAAUAUGAAACCCCCGUUGAUCCUGCAACUUGUAAAAUCAAGCGCCGUGCUACGCAUGCCAUCAUUCUUUUAUCAAGCUGUCUUGUUUCUUAUGAUUUUGACCAAAAUGCAUUUAAGGUGUAUGAUGACCACGUGCCGCAAGAAUGUUCCUGGAAUUGCUGCACAGGUGUUGGUCAUGGGGAUUUGUUUUACAUUUUGUGCCAGAAAAACACAUAUGAAAAGCCAUACGCCGUUCUUAUGGUCUACAAUGACAGCGUCCACAAAUGGUACCCAACUCCAGUUGUUGGUUUCGAGAACUUUCCUCAUGCUUUGCCAGUGAGCUAUGAACUAUUUUCUAAACCGGAACUCCCACGUGCACAAUUGUUGCUCAUAGGCGAAGGACGUCUCUGCAUCCUUUGGGCUGACAAGAUUGACAUUCACAACGCUGUCACUCAAAUUUACUGUACCAAAUUUGAUGUUCAAGUGAUUGAUGAGCAACCAUGUGCUGUCAAUGUUUCCACCCAGUUGUACAAUGUCAGGGGUCCACACUUUAUUGGGAUAAAUGCCGUUUUAAUUCGCAGGGAGACGAUGCCACAACUCAGAGGAAGAGAGGGCACACUGGCUGGGCCGUCCACGCCCUGCAAGAAGCAUAGAAGCAAGGGGCGCAAAAGAAAGGGUGCCAAAAGCAAGGCACACAAAAGCAAGGCGUAAGAUAUUGGGGAAUGGGAGGAGCAAGCUAAAGCUUUAUGAAUGGAUGGUAGUGUUUUGUCUGGUGUCUUCUUCAUCUAUUAUGAAUUUGUGAGGCGAUGAUCUCUAAGUUUCCCUGUGAACAACAAGUGAUAUGUAUGUGUAUCAUCUUCAUCAACAUGCGCUUGAUGUGUCAUUAGAAUGGUUGUUUCAAAACCAUGUCUUGUGCAUCAUUGUUAUUAGUAAUGUAUGAAUUCAUCACUUCAUUUAAGUGCGUGCCUCUGCUGCCUAUUGCCCUUAUUA